UCUGGAUAUGGCGUCGCAGCACCGACACAGGAUGAAUUUUCACCUCUCCGUGGGAAUUUGUCUGUCGCACACCCGGACGGCGCUUCUUGGUUUUUGUCGCUCUUAAUAGGGAUCAUACAUGGCGAUGGAGGACGUGGAUAAUAAGACAGCGGUUGAGGCGGCUAACACCAAAACGGGCAUCAAGAAAGGAGGUGAUGUCGGAGAUAACGGGGCUUGCAUAGACAGGCAGCCGGACACGGUGGUCCACCAAGCGGGGCUGAAUCAGACUGCAGGUCGCGGCAGCCGCAGUGGUCAUGGAGCCCAUGCUGCAACGGGGAUCCGAGUGCUAAAGCGUAACAUGAAGCGGAAUGGGAGUCGGGGGUGUGUUACGAGGAAGACAAGAUUUGGAUCUCGAGAGCGGGACUGGCUAAAAGGGGACACCCAGAGGGGCUGUGUGUGCCUGUAUGGGGGGACAGUGGACCCUCAACCACCUGUGUCUGGCCCUCAGGCCUCCUCCACCCCUCAGACAGACCUGCAGCUGGUGCUGUGCUCCACCAGUACCACAGUGGAGGAGCUGUGUGCUCAGAGAAAUGGACAGGGGCUCUAUGUCCAGCUUCAUGGAGACCUAGUCAGGAGGCUGGACCCAGCCGAGCGUCCUCUCCAUAUGGUGUAUGACUACCUGGCAGCUUUGGGCUACUCAGAUCCUAUGCGAGUGCAGCAAGAGGCAGCCAAUUCAGACCUCAGCUGCUUGAUCCGAUUCUACAGUGAACGUCCAGUGAAUGCAGACCAGCAGGAGCGGACCCUUCUAAAAGGCAUGUUCAGCGUAAGGAAGGGAAAGUCGCAGCUGCACAAGUGGGCAGAGCGGCAGGUCAUCCUCUGCGGCACCUGUCUAAUCGUGGCCUCAGUCAAAGACAGCCUGACCGGGAAGAUGCAUAUCCUGCCCCUGGUGGGGGGGAAGGUGGAGGAGGUAAAGCGGAGGCAACACUGUCUAAUGUUCAGCUCAGCUGGAUCCCAGGCACAGACAUACUUUGUCAACUUUGACACACUGGUAGACUACCAGCGCUGGCAUCGACAAGCAUCAAAAGUGGUGUCUCAGACAGUCAGCCUGGUGGACUUGUCCUGCUACAGCCUGGAAGUAGUGCCUGAAUAUUUAUUCUACAGUCAGGAUAUCACUCACCUCAACCUGCGACACAACUUCAUGAACCUUCACGGGCCUGGAGGCCUGCUCAACCUGCCCAGGUUUUCUCAGCUGAAGAGCCUGAACUUAUCUCACAACCGUCUGGGUGUGUUUCCUGAAUGUGUGUGCGAGAUCCUCACUCUGACUGAACUCAACCUCUCCUGUAACAGUCUGCACACCAUCCCUGUGCAGAUAGGCAGCCUUCAGAGUCUGCAGACGCUGUCUCUGGAUGGAAACCAUCUCAGCUCCCUGCCUGACGAGCUGGGCAGUCUAAACCAGCUCAAUAGCCUUGGGCUCUCCUUCAACAACUUCUCUCAUAUCCCCGCUGUGCUGGAGAGAUUGAGUGCAUCGGACAAACUGGCCAUGGCUGGGAACAGAGUAGAAAGUCUGGAUUUGUGUGCUUUGGCCAGAAUGAGCCACCUGAAAAAUGUUGACCUCCGACUGAACGGGCUGCGCUGUGUAAAAACUGAGAACCUCGAGGCAGUAAGCCAGGUGACCCAGCUGGACUUGCGGGACAAUCGCUUGGACUCACUAGACCUGAGCUCUAUCUGCAACCUGGAGACUCUGUACUGUCAACGCAACCAGCUGGGGACACUCACACUCAGUGGCUUCACUCUGCGCAUGCUUAGUGCCAGCAGCAACCGCCUCACAACAGUCAACAUCUAUCCAGUCCCAAACCAGCUGACACACAUGGACCUAUCACAGAACCUUUUGGAGUACCUUCAGGAUUGGGUGUGUGACUGCAGAAAAAUUGAGAUGCUGGACGUCACUCACAACCUGCUGUCUGAGCUUCCUUCCAGACUGCUCAACAGCUUGAGUUUGAGAAAGCUGCUGGCGGGGAACAAUCGUUUGCAGAGAGUGCCUGACCUACUUGAUCACAUCCCUCUGGAAGUCUUGGACCUCCAGCACAACAAGCUAGCUGAGCUCCCAGAGAGUCUGUUUUACAAGGCCUUAAACCUAAAGCACUUAAAUGUGUCAGCAAAUGCCCUGGAAAAUAUUCCUCCCAGCAGUCAAUCAGAGGAAAGCCUCAGCACUCUCCAAGAGCUCUAUCUGACAGGGAACAACCUGAACGAGAACUGCGGUGCUGUGUUAGUUGGACACCAGAACCUACGGAUCCUGCACAUCGCCUACAACCAGUUGCUCUCCUUCCCUGCCAGUAAGCUCAGUAAGCUGGAACUGCUGGAAGAGCUUAAUCUAAGUGGGAACAAGCUAAAAACCAUCCCCUCCACUGUGUCCAGCUGUAAGAGACUGCACACCCUCAUAGCACACUCCAACCACAUCACUGUCUUCCCAGAGAUCCUCAACCUGCCUGAGAUCAAGCUCGUAGAUCUGAGCUGUAAUGAGCUGACUGAGAUCCAGCUGCCUGAAUCGCUGCCCGCUACUCUGCAGGAGCUGGACCUGACAGGCAACAGCAGCCUGAUGCUGGAACACAAAACCCUAAACCUCUUUAGUCACAUCCCAACUCUUAAAUUGGACCAGAAAUCCACUGCAUCACCAGGAGACUCACUGAGUGCCCCAACUCCAUGGAACCAUGGUUACUCUGAAAUGAGUGGCCAAAGAAACAAGUUGUGUGUGUCUGUGCUCGCUGUGGAUCGCUUUGGUGACGGAGUGGAAGCAUGCUAUGGGAUAUUUGACGGAGACCGCAAUGAGGAAGUGCCUCGGCUGCUACAGUGCACCAUGGGAGAUGUGCUGUGUGAGGAGCUCCAGCAUGCCAAUAUUGACAGUGUCUACAUGUGCAACACUUUUCUCACCUCACACAGAAAACUUGGUAUGGCUGGACAGAAACUAGGUGCUUCCGCCCUGCUGUGUUAUAUUCACCAUGAGCCUUCAGAUCCAGGAGGCUACUUCAGCCUCACUGUGGCCAAUGUGGGAACAUGCCAGGCCGUGCUAUGCAGAGGUGGGCGACCUGUUCCUCUCUCAAAGGUUUACAGUUUGGAGAACUGCACAGAGGAAAUGGAGAGAGUUAAACUCAGUAAAGCCAUUAUUACAGAGGAUAACAAAGUGAGCGGAGUGACAUGCUGCUCUCGCCUGCUGGGCUGCUCUUAUCUGUCUCCCUGGGUGCUUCCAAAGCCCUGGGUGCACACUGAGCCUCUCUGUUCCCGGGAUGAGUUCUUGAUCCUGGGGAAUAGAGCGCUGUUCGAACGUGUCUCUUUCCAGGAGGCCGUCUGCACCGUGCAGGCAGUGCGGGAUCCUCGUGCUGCUGCUAAGAAGCUGUGUUCUCUUGCUCAGAGUUAUGGCUGCAAGGACAACAUUGAGGCUGUGGUGGUGUCCCUGCAUAUAGGCGAGGACAGCUGUACCUGCGAGCCGCCUGUCUCAACAACUGAACCACGGGUUCCCCCUACCAUUCCUGCCCCUGUGACUGUGACCCCAGGUCCCAGUGACACAGCCACCCUUUCAUCUAGCAGUGGUGUUGUAUCUGAGUUCAGCAGUGAGACAUCAGCCUCAGAAGUGGGCAGUGAGGCAGGAUCCACUGCUUCAGAUGAGCACCCUUCCUCUGGGCCUGCAGCUCGUCCAGAGAGACGCUGUAGCCUGCAUCCUGCUACUACACUCUGUGGGAUCAUGGUUCCAGGCGCUCCAAGUACAGGCACCCACCCAGGCCUGUUCCAGCGGCAGCCCUCCUCUGCUACCUUCUCCAGUAACCAGUCUGACAAUGGACUGGACAGUGACGAUGAAGCUCCUCUAGAGGGUGUCAUCUCCAAUGGCAGCAAGUUAGAAGUGGAGGUUGACAUCCACUGCUGUGCUUUCCAGCUGCGCUCAGGAGCCCCCGACAGCCCCAAAGACUUGAACCUAGAAAACCGGGGCUCUGACUAUCCCAACGGCAAAAUGCGCAGACAAAACAGCGUGGUAGUUUCUGCCACAAACGGUUGCCUGCUGGCUGUAUGUGGGAGAGAGAUCGCCGACCUUAAGAAGUCUCCUUCCACAUCCAGCCUGUUUGGAAAGAAGCUGUCCAAUGGCUCUGUGGUUGCCCCUGAGGACAGUCAUAAUCUUAUCGAGGUUGCACUGGAGGCUCCCAAGAAGAAGUCUGGGUACUUCACUGCUCCAGCACAGCAGGACCCUGAAGAUCAGCUUAUUGUACCUCCCAGUCUGGAGCAGGAAGUCAGAGAGCAGUUGAGAAGCCAGACCACUCUGGUCUCAGCCCCACCUUUACCUUCUAUACCCCCGUCAUUAAAGGACCCAGUGUGGGAUCACCCACAUCCACCUGCAUUUGCCCCUAAUGUAGUCCCAGGUCCACGCCCAGUCCCCAUCUUACAGCAGGAAGUCUACGAUACCGCGCUCUAGAAGGGAGACACAACAGGGCAUAUGGCUGCAACUUUGAUAGUGCCAUUUAAGAGACGGUGAGUUUUUCUCCUAAAUCUGGGAUACUCUGACUCAAGUUGCCAUUUGUGGAGGCAGAGCAAACCCGUGGGACCUUGAAAGUCAUCAGUUACACAUCAGUGUGAGGCUAAAAUGGAUUUACGUGCUGGGUCUGAGGUAAAAGCAGCGACAUAGUUCACAGCAGGAUUGCUGGCGAUGAUAGAACAAAACAAGCCUGACUUGAAAAGGGGCAUCUUGUGUGUUUAAACGUGUUGGCAACAUUUCCCUUUACUUUCGAAGGAAAGCAAUCUACUGGGAGUGUAGGGAUUGUGUUGAGUAUGGUCAGAUCUUCUCCAUGAAGGGUCUGUGAUUUCUGAAGUCCUCGAGUGAAGCCCUGUGACUGAAACCUGAAAAAGUGCCUACUGCAGAAGACUCUGCCCAGAGCUCUCCCACAUCCAGGCUGUGUUAGAAGACGUGAACUUUGCUAGUUAAAUUUGAAGCAGGGCAGUGUCUUAGAAAGACCAGUGCCGACACAGCUUCUGCUCUCUGCCUGUUCCUGUGGCUUGAAAAGGAAUUUAGACCACAUAAAUAUGCUUGUAAGGUGCAUAGGAAGAGACUGAAUGAAUGCAUUUGCAUCAUGAGUUUUGUCAUGGUAGGAUUUUAUUUCACAUUCCCAAUCAGUAUAAAGAGAAUCUUUAUAAAUAUAAAAAUUCUAACAAGUGUGAAUCACACUUAAAACUAGCACCCAGCUUAAUGGUGUGCUUGAGCUGCUGGCGUUAAAUUCAAGAAGUGUUGCUAUUUGGAGAGAUGCAUUUUGAAUGGAUGUCAAAAUUAUAUCAAAGCCUUUUAACUGUACAGGGCAAGUGUAAAAUUGAAAAAAAUACUUCAACCUUUAUUUUAAUAUGUAGUUUUGAGUGUUGAUUAUGCACUGUCUCAGAUUAUCCUAGUAUUACUCAAAUUUAUUCAGUUUAUUGAUCACUGAACAGUAGAUUGGUUGUUUGGAAAUCAUAUAUUAUUUAAUAUCAGUCACUUUAACAAACAAGUAAUGGCACAAAAAUUAACCAUGCAGUAUGUUGUCAAGCACUGAGAGAUGGUACAGUAUUUGCAUGUACUGUGAAAUAACUCCACUGGUGUUAAGGUUGUACUUUGAAGUGCAUCUUAAUUUUGAAGGCUGCUACCUUUUUGAAAAUAUUAGACAUCUUCCCUUGCCCCUGAAGAUUAUCUUAUUAACAUGUUUACAUUUGGCAUUUAUAUAUUUUUACACUUUGCUUUCAAAGCUCAUACAUUCAGACACGAUCCAUGUUUUAUUUUGGCCUGUUAAAAGCAGAACUAGAUCUAUUCAGUGUACAUACGAUGUUAUAAAGUUCUAUGGCAGAACCACACAUGUGCACUAUAAGUUAUGAUAUAGAAGCAAAUUAUAUCUUGCUAUGAGUUGACAAAGUUCUAUUUUCACAAACAUUCAAUUCAUAUAAGCUAUUUACAGAUCCUUGGUAUAUAAACGCUUAAAGGUGCUGUGAUUAAACCACACAGGUUAAGUGUUACAUUUGCUUCCCAUUAAGUUAAAGCUGGUUUAAAUUGGUUUUGCUGUUGGCAUCACUGGUGUCCAAUAUUUUUUUAAACAUUUACUGUCAUAUUUAAAUUCCCUGUAAAGUGAAAUCCCCAAAUUGUGUUUUAACACACUGGUUAUAUUGGAAUAAGUUUGCUGUAAAUGUAUGAAAACACUGAGAUCUACAUGUGAGUUUGCCUCGCUGUUCUGGCACAGAGCCAGGCAGCUAGGUUCUGAUCAGAAACUUUUUUUUUUUUUUUUAAAUUUGAGAGGAUUGUGUUUUUCG